CAAUCGCUGAGACUUUCUGAUAAUCAAGCUGAGACUUCUCGUCGACCACGCUUCUGUAAUCUACCAAAGGUGACCGGUCGGUGCAGGGCAUCAAUCGACCAGUACUACUUUGUUCCGAGUAUCGGCGAUUGUGUGUUUUUCGUAUACGGUGGAUGUGAAGGAAACGAGAAUCGUUUUGAUUCACUUGAAGAAUGUCGCCAAAAAUGCCGAGCAGAUGUCCAAUCGCACCCCACCGAGUCGCUAAGUCUUGAUAGACCCGCAGAGGAACUCGAUGGAAUGGACAAUGAGAUUGGUGACGAAGAAUAUAAGGAAACGAAUGAAAUAUCGCGCGAUUUUGACUAUGAGCUUACUGCCACUCUUAAUAUCGGUCGAAUCGUGGCAGUAUGCUUGCAAUUUCCCGUUCUAUUUUGA